AUGGGAUCACAAUAUUGUAAUAAUAACUAGUAUCCCAAAAAUAUGGAACUAUAUUUGAAGAUGCAGAAUUGCAAAAGCUUGAUUUUCUAUAAUAUUAUCAUAAAAUACAAUCACAAGAAGAAGCAAAAAGUAUUAUAUUCAAGUUAGCAAAUCGCAGUUACUCUAAAAAAUUAAGGAAUAUAUAUAUAUACUUAGGUGAUUGGAUUAUAAAUAAAAGAGGGAAGGUUAAGGAAUUUUAAAAUAUCCUGAU